AUUUUUUUCUCGAAAAUGCGUAGCGAACACGUGGGUUUUCUUUCCGAUUGUUCGAUCAGUUCGUCCAGUUCUCACAGUGCUCCUAGGCGAUUUACUGUUGAGUUGGUGUUUUCUGGCACCGGUGUUGAAUAUUGGGUGCGUCGUAUUUUUGUUGGGAAAUAUGGAAAAAAAUAUCGGAGGUUAUUCCAGAAAAGAACCACUUUUAAUAAGAUUAUUUGUUCAAACUAUAUAAUUUUGCAGGAUGUUGCUUAUGCGCUGAAUUGUCCAGACGGUAGAAAGGUGUUUCUGGAGAAGACGAAGGAAAACGCUGUGUUGUCGCUGACUGACGCUCAAGGUCACUCGAUCAAAACACUAGCUUGUGAAUUCUGA